AUGCUCGCCGCCCGCGCCUCCUCCUCUGCGCGCGCCGCCGCGACUGCCGGCUUUGGCCGCCGUGCGGCCUCCGGCAUCGCGCUCAAGUACGCCAACGCCGCGUACAAUGCCGCGCUGGCCAAGUCGCCGCAGACGCUCACCAAGGUCCAAGCCGAGCUGGCCGCCAUCUCUUCCUCGCUUUCUUCCACUCCCGAGCUCGCCUCUUUCGUUGCAAACCCCACCCUCUCGCUUGCCGAGCGCAAGGAGGGCCUCCCGAAGCUCUUCGCCACGGCCGAGAAGAAGGAGCCGUUGAGCGACGUCACGAAGAACCUCUUCUUGGUCCUGAGCGAGAACGGCCGUCUGGGAGAGGCGUCGGGUGUCAUCGAGGGCUUCGAUGAACUCGUGGCGAAGUACAAGGGCGAGCUCAACGUCACCGUCACCAGCGCUUCUCCCUUGCCGAAGGACGUCCUUACCAAGCUCGAGACCACCCUCAAGCAGAGUCAGACGGCUCAGCAGGCGAAGAGCUUGAAGCUCACCAACAAGGUCAACCCGUCCGUGCUUGGUGGUCUCGUCGUUGACUUCGGCGAGAAGACGAUUGACAUGAGCGUCUCGUCACGCAUCAGCAAGCUCAACAAUCUCCUCUCCCAGUCUGUCUGA